CACGAUCUUCACCACGACUCCUCAUAUUCAUCGUCUCCAAAUCUCAUAUAAAACGACAAUGUCAGACGCAGCUCGAUGGAAGGCAACCGUCUACGUUGGUGGACUCUCCCAGAUUGUCACCACAGGUCACAUCCUUGACGCCUUCAUCCCGUUUGGAGAGAUUGUCGACUGCAAGUUGCCAAAGCCCGAAGCACCAAACUCUGGAGAAGCCCACAGGGGAUUCGCGUAUGUCGAGUAUGAGGACGCCGCCGAUGCGAAGGAGGCAAUCGACAAUAUGGAUCAGUCGGAGUUUUUCGGAAGGAUCCUCAAGGUCUCACAGGCCAAGGCACCCAAGAGCGCCGACGAAGGACUGGGUAGUAAGACUGCUAUCUGGGAAAAGGAAGGAUGGCUGGCCGAGCAUGCGGCGGAUGAGAAUGACAGGCUUGGAGAUGAUGCAAAGGUAGUGCCAGAUUCUGGCCCUGACCCCAUGCAAGGGUUGGAGGGACUCGACGUUGCAGGGCCGAAACCUGAAUGAAAGAGAUAAGGGAAAAUUCGGUUUGGUGUUGACUCUACGGCUAGCAUAGCGAGGGCGUUUUGAGGCAUUGGAUUCACAGGUUACAGGUUGGAAGGGCAUGAGAUAUAUAUCAUCACCGAGAAUAUUCAAGAUUUAUGCCUGAUGG